UCUAAUAUUCAUAUUGAUUAUUUUAAAGAAACAUUAGAAAAAUUUCAUAUUGAUACAUCAUCAUUAGAUAUUGAUCAACGAUAUGAACGAUUUGUACCACGACAAACAAUUUUUCAAAUAAUUCAUGUUUUAUUAGAAUAUCCUGAUUCAUGUCGAUUUUCACAAAUACUUCAUUACAUUUGUUCAAUGGUAGUUUUACUAAGCUGUUUAUUAGUGUCUAUUUCCUUAACAUUUCGUGAUCCGAAUAUAGAUCUUCAUACAUGGAAUACAACUGAAUUUGAAUUACCAUCACGAUCAAAAUCAAUUAUUGCUCAUUUCUAUAAUCGAUCAUCAAAUAUUUUUAUUAUUGAUACUCUAUGUCUUAUUUGGGCAAUUAUUGAAAUUAUUUUACGUAUAUUAUCAACACCAUCUCUUUAUAUUUAUUUUACUACAUUAGGUUUAUUUGAUACAAUUGGUGUUGUUUUUCAUUUUAUUUAUAUAUAUAUAAUUGGUACUGAAACAAAACCAAGUCGAUGUCAAACAAAUCCAAUAUAUUCUAAUGAUAUAUUUAAUUGUAUUACAUUCAAUCGUCAUGUAAUGAUUAUAAAUCUCUUACGUAAAGUACGUCUUGUACGUUACAUACGUCCAUUAAAAUAUUUUUUAUUAUCGCUUAUUGCAUCAAAAAGAGAAGUCAUACGUCUUAUUGUAUUAAUAUUAUUUAUUAUGGCAUUUCUUGGUCCAUUAAUAUUUAUUAUUGAAAGUUCUUAUAUAUAUGAAUGUUCAUCAUCAAUACAUAUACCAAAUACACGUUGUAUUCGAACAAUAAAUGAUGCAUUUUAUUAUUUAAUUCUUAUUAUAUCAACUGUUGGUUAUGGUGAUAUUUAUCCAAUGUCACAUCUUUCCCGUUUUAUUGCUAUGUUAGCAUCACCAUUGUCAAUAAUGAUAUUAUCAAUACCUUUAUCAUCAAUUUAUAGUAAAUAUAUUUCUUUACAUGAAAUUUAUCAAAUGCAAUUAAUUAUGCCUGAAAAUGUUCGUUAUCUUAUUUAUGAUCGUAUGAAAUUGUUUAAACGAGAUAAUAAAUUACAAAAAAAUGAAAUUAUUGAUAUAACUGAACAAAUUCAUAGGAAUUUAAAACAUUUAAGAAUUAAUUGA